AUGCCACGAAGACGCUGGAUAGACAAGAGCAGUGCACAGACUUUCCACCUACUUUACCGACCCCAAGAUGACCCAGCCCUACACGAUGAAAAUGCUGGCGAGAGAGCUCUGUACCAGGUGUCAGGGCCGGGCUCGUCUGCGCAAAAGAGCAAUCCCAAAGAAGGACUUCAUUUAAAUGACCUGGAAAAUGACCUCGAUUUUGAGAGCAUGCGAGAGAAUGAGGGCGAGGCUGCCCAGUAUGGAAUCUACUUUGAUGAUACCAAUUAUGACUACAUGCAACACUUGCGGGAUAUUGGCGAGGGAGGAGGCGAGUCGCACUUCAUCGAAGCCGCGCCCGUCAAAGUUCAAGGCAAAGGAAAGAGUAAAGCGAAGACAAUGAAGUUGGAAGAUGCGUUGCGAGAGGUGUCUCUCGAUGACGAGCGAAGUGUGGCUGGUACCGAUAUGCUCUCUACCUUCUCCACUCAAACGAGAGACCGGACAUAUCAGAGCCAGCAGAAUGUGCCAGAUGAGAUUGCAGGAUUCCAACCUGAUAUGGACCCGAGACUCCGGGAGGUGCUGGAGGCGUUGGAAGACGAUGCUUAUGUGGACGACAAUGACGAAGAAGACGUAUUUGGUGCCCUCGCACAGGACGGCCGCCACGGGGAACUCGACCUAGAGGACUUUGAGGCGAAUUACUUCGAUGACGAGGACGAUGGGUGGGAAUCCGAUGCGACGGAAAAAGCGCCCACACAACCUUCUGAAGUGAAGCUGCCCACGGCCGUUCAUCCUACUGAAGGAGGAUAUCCUAAUAGUGACAAUGCAGCUCGUGAUGCAGAAGCAGCCGCGGCAGAAGAUGGAGACUGGCUGCGAGACUUUGCCAAAUUCAAGCGGGACACCGCCAGGAAACCCCAGCCGAAAGCCGCGGAAUCCAUCAUUGCCGCAUCGGCUAUUCAGGACAAGGCACCAACUUUAUACACGUUAAACGGCACCCCGCUGAGGCAGAAGAAGCGGAAAGGUGCUUUGACAAAUCCCAGCUCAUACUCCAUGACUUCGUCAUCUCUUGCUCGAACCUCAGGCCAGCAAUUAUUGGAUGCACGAUUUGACCAGGUGGAGAAGAUGUAUUCUCUGGACGAGGCCGACGAAUUCGACGACAUGGAUGGUGAAAUGUCAUUGGCAUCGGGCAUGACGGGCCGUUCGAAGAUGUCACAGCUUUCAACCACCAGUUUCGCCGAUGAAGGUGCUGUUCGGGACGAUUUUGACAGUAUGAUGGAUGGAUUCCUAGGUGACUGGAACAAAGCCAAUCCUGGUGGUGGAAAACGCCGCGGCGCCAAAGGCAAACGAGGGAAGAACGGAAACGAGAAAUUCGGACUCCAACAGCUCGACGAAGUGCGUGCGGAACUGGGGCCUCCUAGGUUAUACGGACGCACGACAAAGACAUGA